AGUCAAGGAAAUUUUUUAGGAGUACAGGGACGCGCAACACAAAUUCAAUCGUCUAUUGCAAAGCCUCCACAAUCACCUACACAAAUUUAUCCUCGUUUAUCUAGUCUUGAGUCUGGUCAAAAACAAAUGCCAUUAGGAUCAGAUAAUAAACCACCUAUUGGACGCAAUCAUCUAGCAGAUAAGCAAAAGGAUGAGAAACCUGAUCCUUCUAUGUUACCUCCUUUACCGUUACCUUUUCGUGAUAGAGGUCAUACAAUUUCUGUAAUGAGUCCUGUGAAAAAAUCCCGGGAAUGGGAUAAUAUUCGUAGAGGAAAUUCACCACGAGUAAAAGAAACACCUAAAACUAGUAUCAAUCCUAGUUUUGUGUUUUUGCAACUGUAUCAUACAGCACAUUUUGGUUCGCCUUCAGAAAAACCUUUAUUGGUUCCACAGACAACGGCUGUACAAAGAGCAGUAAUAAAUUUAGAUAGAAUACAACCAUAUGAAACGCAUAAAAUUGGAGUUCUUUAUGUUGGCCCAGGACAAGCUUCUAAUGAAAUUGAAAUUUUAGCUAAUCAACAUGGAUCACUUAGAUAUACAGAAUUCUUACAACGAUUAGGGACGUUAGUCCGAUUGAAGGACGUUGAUGAAGGUGUAUUUUUAGGAGGUUUAGAUCGUAAUGGUGAAAAUGGAAACUUCGCAUACAUUUGGCAAGACGAUGUUACACAGGUGGCAUUCCAUGUUGCUACAUUGAUGCCAACAAAACUAAGUGAUCCAAAAUGUACAUCCAAAAAGCAACAUAUUGGAAAUAACUAUGUUACUGUAGUUUAUAAUGAAUCUGGAGAGCCAUACAAUAUACAAACUGUAAAAGGACAAUUUAAUUAUGCAUGUGUUGUGAUUCAACCCCUAGAUCAUGGUACUAAUCAAGUUACAGUUCAAGUAAAAGAAGAAUUAGCUAAACAUAUUCGACACAGUGAGCCAAAAAUUAUUUCUGAUCAAAAUUUAGCUAUUUUAUCUCGACAAUUAGCUCUUCAUGCCAAUCUUGCUUCGAUGGUUUCUUCAUCAUUAGAACAAAAUAGUCACAAUCCAUAUGCUUCUAAUUGGUUAGAACGUUUACGACAUAUUAAACGACUUAGGAAUCGUGUGUUGCAAGAAUCAAUAAAUAAUAAUCCAGAUAGAACAACUGAUGACUUAUCACCAAGGUCGAACAAACUCGUUCGCCGAGAAGAUAUCAUCGAUUAUGCAAAGACCAGGACAGGACCCUGUUGCCAAGGACGAUGUACCUUGGUGGAUGAAAUAUGCUGGACGAGGACUCGGUACCGUGGGUAGUAUAAUUGCAAUUAUUCUUGGAGGAUGGAAUUGCUUGUCAAUACUAGGAGCUUCUGUAGAUUGCCUAAUAAGUGGUAUGUGGCAAAUGGUGGCUGGUUUUAUAGUUGCAACAAUAGAAGCACCAUGUUGCUGUUUAUUUAUUGAUUAUGUACAAAACUUCAGUGACUGGGUGGAAAAGAGACCAUAUUGGAAUAGAGCAGCUGGAUAUUGUAUAAUUGCAAUUCCUUCAGUCCUCCUUUGUUUUGGCCUGAGUAGCUUGUUUGGUAGUGGUCUAAUAUUUGCAACAGGUGUAAUAUAUGGACUAAUGUCACUUGGACGAAAAGGAACCAGGCCCGACCCAGCAGGAAUGACGUCGGGUGUGAGUUCCCCACAGGGUACUGUACCUCCUACUACAGAUCAUCAUACAACUCUCGUGGAAGAUCCUGAUGUCUGGAGGCCUACAUAAAUCAUCAAACAUUCAUUGCACCACUCCUCUAACCAGGGCACCGCUUCGUGAAAUGAGAUCAGCAGCGAUGAAUAUCGAGGUUCCUUCAUCAAGUAUGCAAGCUACACUUGUUGAAAAUGCUCAACCAAUGGGUUUUACUAAUAGACCAGAUAGUAAUGUUUAAAUUCACAACAUUAAUUGGCAAAAUAAUUCAUCUUCUUGUGUGAAUGGUGAUAAAUGUUGUAUUUGGAAAAAAUAUUCAAUAAUUGAGCCUAUGAAUAUGCAUUGUUUGAAGCACUUAUUUAGUUCUACUAAUAUUUUAGUAUUUUAUUAUUUUCAAUUUAUGGUACUGUAAAUUGCUUGGAUCAUUUAUACUGAAAUAUAGAUGAAGUAGUUAGAUCAUUUUUUUUCUUUCAUAUAUAAUUUUCAACACAGUUUCAGUUGUAGUUUUUGAUACUGAUAGAGAAUUAGUAAUAUUAACAUAUUAUUUACUAAACCUUUAUAUGUUACAUUAUUUCAGUUUUUUAUUUGAAAUAAUGCCAAAGUUAAAGACUGCUGUAGAAAUUAUAUUCUGAUAGUAUUCAUGGGCUUGAUUUCUUGUGGUCCUACUUGUCUAUUGUGUGUCAUAAUGUUACAAGAAUGAAAUCCGCGAAGAAAAUACAUUGAUUUUGGAUAUAGUUAUUUGUUUAAAUUUUACGUUUUAAAUUGAAAAGUGUAAUAUUUUAACUAAAAUAACAUUUCCAAAAUCAAAGCAUCCUAAGAUUUUAAAAAAGAUCAUUCAUAAGUUAGAGAAGAUGGACGAGUCAUAACAUAUUUUAUUUUCACUUAUUGUGUAUACAUAUAUGUGGGUUGAGUUACGUGUAAGUAAAACAAUCUUCCAUUUCUUUUUAUUUUUAUUAUUUAAGGUAAAAAAUUGAAUUAGAAUAUAUAGUGAGGUAACAGUAAGAGAUAGGUUAUAUAACUUUUCUUCUUUCUUUUUUGAAUAGAAAAAAAAUAUAUAGAAGUAUAUGAAUUAUAUAUAUAUGAAUUAUAUGUAUAUUCUCUCUGCCAAAUUAUUUGUACAUAUAUAUGUAUACAUACAUACAUUUGAAUUUACUUGUAAUAAUUUCAUUUGAUAUUUAGAUUUAUAUGUGUGGUAUUUACUUCCAUAUGAUAUUCUGGAAUCAAAAACUUCCAAUUUUUUGUAUUUUCCAUGCUUUUGUGGUUAAAUGUGAGUGAUAUAUGACAGGAAAAAGCAUUAAUCAGCUGUACUGAUAUAUUUUACUAUGUAUAAUGUGGUUUCUAUUCAAAAUUACAAAAUUGUAAAUAUAUAAUAUUCUGAUUUUUCAAUAAUGUUUAUACCAGGUUUAAUUCUAUUCAAAAUUAUUUUAAUCAAAUUAUCAAUGACUUAGUUUCAUAGACAUUUUUUAUUUUUUUUCUUCUUAAAUUAAUAUCAUGUAUUUUUAAUCGAAUAAGCACUUAUUUCUUAAUUGAAACUAUCAAAUUAUUCGACCAUUAUCUUUCCUUACAUUCCUAUUUUUUAAUUAAUUUAUUUAUUAAUGAUGUAAGACUUUCGACAUAUUUAACUGGGUACUGACUUUUAACGUUUGGUGAUUUUUGUGUUGCGUUUGCCAAAUAAUUCAUUUUAAAUGCCACUUUUAGACAUAUGUAGAUUAUUUAUGUAGCGCGUAUGUAGAUUAUUAUAAAGUUACUGUUUAUUGUGAUUUGCGUUGCAUUUUAUUGUGAUUGUUUAUAAUUAAGUAAACCUUUAGCAAUUUAUGUUUAUAUAUAAACAGUAUACUAUAUUAUAUGUAGUGUUAAUUAGCAUAAAAAGGAUAGGAGCAUGUAACUUGAUCAUAUUGCAUGUAAUUUCUGUACUGAUAUAUAUCAAACAUAUCUGAUUUUUAUUACGUUUAUUACGUUUUAUUAUGAUUAUUUCAAGAUCAUAAAAUCUUUUUUUAAACUGCAUAUUUUGAGUAUAAAAAAAUUUAACUGUACUUAUCUUAAACAUUAUCUUAUAAUAACAUUAUCAGUGUUGAAUAUUUUUGUGUAAUGUUUAAUAGCAAAAGAAUGAUAUAAAGAAUGUAUAUGAUAUUAAACUAGAAGUAAAUAUUCAACGUUAAAUAAUUUUAUUUCAUUUAAAUGGCAUAAAUUUUAUGGAGCAUUUAAUUUUUACUUGACGAAAUAUGAUACUUGAACAAAUUCAACAUGAUAGAAAAUAAUAUAAAAAAGAAGAAGUGUUAAAGUGAAUUUUCAAACGAAUGAUGUGUAAAAUAUAUGAUAAGUUAUAUAAAGCAUUUUAUUGUUGUUAAAUAGGACAGGAAAAUUUAUAAUAUUUUUCUGUCACAAGGAAAUGUAUUCAAACAUACAUGUCGCAUGUGUUUCUGACCAAUUGUAAUUGACAAGAAUUAAAAAUCUGUAGUAUGAAUACCAUGCAUAAUGUGCUGUAUUGUUUAGUGGGAUAUGAGUAAAACUACAUAUCGUCUUCGAAGUAUACCAAAAUGUAUUUAUGUAGAUAUUUAACUUCCAUCAAAUAGAAAACCUAUCGAAAUAUUUAUAAUGCUUAAUGCACUAUCACAAUUUCAAGCCAAUAUGAAAUGUACACAUGAAAAGAAAUAGACUUGUUUUAAAUAUAUGUCGAUUUAGUUAAAAAUAUUCUAUUAUAAACAUAUUUAAUUUCGAAUGUAGAAAUUAUAAAUAAAAAGUUCAGAUAUAUGUGUACAUGAACCUUUUAUUUAUGUGUAUGUAUCACAUUAGUAAUUAAAAGAACAAGUUAAUGAGCUUGAUUAUUAUUCGUUAUAUACAUGUAUAGUAAAAUUAUCAAUAAAUAUUGGAAUUAUGUUAAAGAUAU